CGAGGUCCAAACUAGAGCUCCCAUGGUGCACGCCAACAAAUCGCGCCCCGCGGUCGCGCUCCUGAGCAGGGGCAUGUCGACGGUGCCCCUGGCGGGCGAGAUGCCCCGCAUCCCGCCCAAGAAGCGCGACUUUGCGGCCGAGGUCGCCGCGCUCAAGCAGUGGUGGUCGAGUGACCGCUUUGCCGAGACCAAGCGGAACUACACGGCCGAGGACGUCAUCAAGCUCCGCGGCUCGCUCCAAAACUCCUUUGCCGCUGGCGAGAUGUCGAUGAAGCUCUUCGACACGCUGCAGCU